CAACAACUAUUAAUUUCAAUAUGGUGGACAUAAACAAUGUUAAUGAACUAAUUCUAAUCAUCUAAUGUCCAAUUCACAAACAUAAAUUGAGCUACCAGGAUGCCUAAAAAAGGAAAGAAAGGAAAGGGUAAAAAAGGAAAGAAGGGAAAGAAAGGAAAGAAGGGACAAAGAAAAGAAAAAAAAGAAUCCAUAGCAGCUUUAGCUGCAGCUAACUCCAAAGUAUGGGAGACAAGACUUGAUAUAGCAGAGCAAUCUAAGGAAGAAUAUAGAAAGAAUGCUAGAAGGUUAUUGCUUGAAAAUGAUACUUUGCAAAAUCAGAUGUAUCAAACAGAAAGAGAUACAAUUGAUGUGGUUACUUAUCUAAAACAACAGGAUCAAGAAAAAGAAGCCCAGCUUGAAAGACAACAACAACAAAUUAGGGAACUAAAAAAGGAUCAUCAUGUAGAAACAGAAAAGAUUGUCAAUGAUUUCAGUCAAAAACUGAACGAACUGGAAGUAAAACUCUCUGAGAAAACCAGAGAAGUUGAGCUCAUGCACAGUGAGUUAAAAUUAGUGAAAGAGUUUAGAAGAAAGAGAAGUCAGAUGCAAAAAGAUCUUGAAGAUAUUAAAGAAGCAAUGCAUCAUGCUGGUAGGGAGCAUAAAGCAACUCUUGCAAGAAUGGAACAGAAGUUCUUUGAUGAAAAGAUGCGACUACAGCAAGAGGCAAAUCAGAAAAUAGCAGAGCUUGCUGGGAAAGCUCACACUGAGGCUAUAGUCAAUCUUGAUGAAACUACCAAAUCAGUAUACAAAGAGAAUGUCAGACUGACUGAAGCCUUAAACUAUCAUAUGAAGGAGGGGGAAAUACUCAAGAAAGAGAGAGACAAGCUCUUAGAAGAGAAUGCCAUCUUGAAAGAAGAAAAAGAAGUUGCUGAUUUAAUGAUAAAAGAGAAAGUAGCUCAGUCCAUACAACAGAAAGAUCAAAUUAAACAGCUUACAGAAAAAGUUGAGGUAUUAGAGAAAGCAUUGAGUCACUUUGUAAAAGAGUUUGAGACUGAAAAAAGGGCAAUUGUUGAGCGAGGUGAAACUGAAAACCAAGCGGCUAAAGUUGAAUUGGUCAAACUACAGAGGACCAUUGAACUUAAAACCAGAGAAAUGAACAAAGUCAAAAAGCUGGCUAAGAAUAUUUUAGAUGAGAGGACAGAACUGGAAAGAUUUUUCUUGACCAGCUUAGAGGAAGUAAAAGCAGAAGUAGCUGCCAAUCAAGCACAGUACAGAAAAGAUGCUAAUGCAGCCUAUCGACAAAAAAUGUUGGCAGCACAUGUGGGAAAAAAAGACUUUCCAAAAAUCCGGACAUUUAAUCACAAUGAAAACAGUACAAAUAGUGUAUUCCGUGACAUUGAAGCGGCUGAGAUGUUAUAUGAUACUGCUGGUAAUGUAGAUAUCAGUGAUUUAACAUGGGAACAAAAAGAACGAGUAUUGAGAUAUCUGUUUGCUAAGAUGAAUGGAAAUAAAAUUCGCAGAUAUGAUCUGUUACCUAGCAUAAGUCCAAAGAAUGAGCCACCUCUGAGCAUAACACAAGGGGAACCUACUGUUGAGCAAAAAGAUGCUACAGGUCAGACAUUUUUAACUCAAGCCCACAUUGAUAUGGUAAAUCAGUUCCAGAGUCUGAAUCAGUCUGAGUCGCAAGCAUUUAUUGAUAUGGGGAAUCAAUUCCCGAGUCUAAAUCAGUCUGAGUCACAACCAGCUUGAGAUAUUAGCACAAGAGAACACAUACAAAUUAAUAUGAGACAUUUGCUUAUAAAUGUGAAAAAGCCACAGUGAAUAUCAAUAUGUAUUUAGUAGAUUGUUUAAAAUAAAAUAUGUGCACUAUUUGUAAUCGAUGUGUCAUUUAUAACACUUGCUAUUCUAAAAUGUGAAACAUCUUGUGGAUAUUGUUUUUGUUAUACAAAGUAAACAUUUUUCUAUUUUAC